AUGUCUCAAUUCAAAUUCGUCAACUCCACCGCCCCAGUCCCAGGCAACGGCGGCCCUCCACCCCCCGAAUUCACCAUCACCACCCCCUCCUCGACAGACAUUUGGUCCAAACCCCCCUCAACAACCCGCUUCUCCGCACCAAUCCUCUACCAAUCCAUGCCACUAACCUCCUUCAAACGGGUACGCGUCGCCAUAAACGCGCAGUGGCAACACCUCUACGACCAAGGCGGCCUCAUCCUAGUCCUCCGCAAGACCGACGGGUCCCAGAAGUGGGUGAAAUCGGGCAUCGAGCUCACGCACGGCAAGCCGCAUCUCGGGGUGGUGGCGAAGGACCGGUGGGCGGAUUGGAGUCUGUUGCCCGUGCCGUCUGGGGGUGGGGCAGCGACGAUUGAGAUGGUUCGGGAGGCGGAUGAGAGUUUGUGGAUUUAUUUGGUUGAGGGGGUGCAGAAGUCGCCGAUUCGAGAGGUGACGUGGGUGUUUCAGGAGGAGGGCGUGGAGGAGGUGUGGGUUGGGGUUUAUGUGGCGAGGCCUGGGAGUGAAGGGGGUGAGUUGUCGGUUAAGUUUGGACAUUUGAUUGUUGAUACGGUUUGA